CGUGCACGGAGGAGCUGCUGCCGCCGCCGCCGUCAUCUCGUCUCAUACCUGAAAAGAAAGUGGUAAACCGGUGGGGGAAGCAAGUGGGUGACCCGUUGACCCGACUGCCGGUAUAGUAUCGUUUAGUGACCGCCGCCGCAGACAGAACGGGAUCGACUGCGUGUUGGACGUGUUUUUUAUCGUUGUUGUUGUUGUUUUUGUUGUUGCAUUCAUCAUUAUCGUCGCCUCGUCAUAAUAUUAUCGUCUCGCACCGCCGUCGUGUGCAUAACAUAUCAAACGUCGUAUACGCGCAAUUCGUGAUGGAUCAUCGUCGUUCAACUACAACGUGGUGGUGCGCCUUGGCCGCGAUGGCGUGCACCGUUGCAGCGUGUUCUGGCGCCAACGUACCGCCGUCGUCUACCGUCACGGACCUGCUAUGGACCGGACUGGAAGGCGUCAUCCAGCCGAGGAGCGGACUCAAAGCCGACUCGAAACAAGUGCCGGAAAAACGGUGCGAGUGCCAAAGUCCGGAACUCAAGUCGUGCGUGUGCUGCCUGAGAAUGAGUCUGCCUUUCCUGGACUUGACCACGUCGCCAGGGUGCGUCAAGUUCAAGUAUGUGCCGGACAUCGAGUCGAUAGCCGUGAACGUGACUUACGGUAAAGGCAACGUCCAAAACGGUGUCAUCAAGGGAAAUAACCCAGAACCCGUGUGUAUGGACGUGUUGGUCGGAUUCGGUCAACUGUGCGCUCGAUUCGUGGGUAACUCAUCUACGCCAAAAGACUUCGACGGUUGCUUAAAGUUAGAAUCCACCUUAUUAAACGAAGUGCAAAACUCAAUUCCCAUGGGAUGCUUUAAAAUGGACCAAAAUCGAUUAAUUUUCAACUCUACAGUAAUCGAUAUACCGGAAGAGCAGUCCAACAAUAGCACGGAAUCGGGUGAAGAAGAGAGUGAAGAAGAAGGUGAAGAAGGUGUAGACCCCAGUGAAGAGGCGUUAAUACAGGCAUUUGGAGAGACGGCCGUGCAGGGCGUCACUUGGUUAGUCCAUGCCAUGGGACUGAACCUUAACCAGUCCAACAACACCGGAACCAUCACUGCCUCAAAUGGUGUAACUGGCCAACAACAGCCCACUCCCGCAAACGUUUAAAUAAAAAUAUGACAACAAACUGACAUAUUAUUGUUUUUAUAAUUUUGAUUUUUUUAGGGUCACGCCUAUGUGACCUCGUCAACCCAACGUCCACGAACCUAUAUUUAUUUGUAUUAUUAUUAUUAUUAUUAUUAACUAUGUAUUUGGUAGUUUUUGCGCGUCCGACAUCAUUGCUUUCAAUCGUAUAAUAAUGGUAAUAUGCUCUCUCGGGAUUAUAUUAACAUAAUAAUAUUAUUUGAGUGUACAAAUGCGAACGUAGGUACUCAAUAUCACAUUUCGCAACAACGGUUUCCUAUAAGCGACUUUAUUUUAAUUUUAUAUUUUUAACUAUACGAUUAAAUUAUUUGUAUACGGUAUAACUAUAUUUAUAUAUAUAUGAUGCUAAUUUAUUACAAUAUUGUGUUUUACUUGUAAUGUUUAUAUUUCAGUAAAUAAUAUUAAAAUGUUAUAAAUAAACGAUUAAAAUUUAAUCAAUACGUA